AUGAAAAUCAGUUUCGGGCUGUCAUCGGCGGCGGCAAAGCCUGCUGACGCCGGCAGGGUGGCGAAGCCGGCGGCGUCGAAGUUCUUCGAAGCCGUGCCAGAGACGAAGCAGGCAGUUAAACGUGUCAAAGUCACGGAAAUGGAAAAUGGGCUGCUCAGAACGACACAUGACGCAGAUGGCGGCUACGGUACGCUUGAAUCCGGUGCCUCCGACGGGCUAUGCGUUAUCCCAUGCACCAAUCGCCUGGAUGAUGUGGCAGCACGCACGGAUGAACCGCAGCAUACGGCGAAGAAAGCGCCGAUAGAGAUAAAAUAUGGGUUGAACCUAAUGUGCCCUGUUAAAAAGGGUCUGCAAAAGGCUACGGACGCUGCACAAGUGGCUGAGAUCGAAGCUGCUACAGUUGUUGGAAAUGCCAACGACACCAAUCGCAUGAAUCAAUUUUGUCAACAGCCGCGAAGCGAGCGCGGCAACGAGACAUCCGAAGCGUCUCGUCAAUCAAAUGUAGUGGAAAAUAGCAAUGAGGCUGAAGCCAAUACAUCAGCAACUCAGGCUACCCAGCGUCACAUGGCUCCACAACAGGCGCCAGCCCCCAUCGCAACGCCGUCCACAGACGCAGAUGUCGCGAAGCUCAUAUUAGCCGACGUCGAGCAGCAGAAGCUACGUGAGAAACUGUUCGGAACAGACCUGGUGGAGCAGGCGGCCAAGACAACACCGAUCCUCCUGCGUGGCAAAAACAAGAAACGUCAGCUGCAGACCGACCCCGAAGCAAGCGACGCCAGUGACCACGAACCGGCGUACGAAAAGGUGGCAGUGGACCAAUUUGGCCUCGCCAUGUUGCUGGGGAUGGGAUUCGACCCCAAGAAGAACACCAACAAGCCCAAGGAGUACAAGAGACGGGUAUACGAAAGAGCCGGUUUAGGCGCGGACGCGAGCAUGAAGCAGAACAUGGAAGCGCUCACGGAUACCCGCGUGAUGGCUAAGCUCAAAAAGGACCAGAUGUACCACCAGUCGCACAGCCCACAUGCGGGGAGCACCUGGGUGCUCCCGGGGCUGCAGGUGCGCGUUGUCCAGCGUGACCACGCCAACUUCGGCAAGAAGGGCGUCGUCGGCAAAGUUAACGGCGUCGAGGCUAUUCUGGAUGUGGGCGGGUUGCCAGUGACGGUGCCUGCGGCGUAUUUGGAGACGGUGGUGGCGCAGGGCGCCACCAGGUGCAAGGUGGUCCGGCAAAUCGCCAGGCACAACGAAAAGUUCUAUGUGCCUAUAGGCACCGUCGUCGACGUUGAGACAGUCACGAAAACGUACGCGAAGGUCCGAUUCCGUGGACAGACCUUCACAGUCUCGCUCGACGACAUUUGCGAGUUCCAGUGA